GUGACAUCGUGACAUGCUUCUUGCUGUUUACGGCAAUACGCCCUCCACUUUUCAUGGUCGACACUGUUGCAAUUAUUGUUGCUGCUCUCGCUUUGUUGGGAACCCUGGCACAGGCGGUCAUUAGUGGCUGGAUCAAUUUUCACUCGGAGGACAGAAAACGACGAGACCAGCUUCGAGAUGUUAUUGCCAAGUACCGCGACCCACUAUGUCGAGCGACAGAGGACCUCUCCUACAAACUUUUCAACAUUGUCAGCCACGGCUUUGCAUUGGUUUACGCUUCUGAGAACUCUCCCGCACGACGAAGAUCCUACGCAAUUCGACACACAUCCUAUGUUUUUGGACAAUUCUUUGCUUGGGUUCACAUUCUCCGUCACGACACACAGUUCCUUAUGCCACCUGAUGCUGAUCCUAAUAGCAAAGAAAUCAACAAAAUCUUGGGAGAUAUUCGUAUGACUCUUCUCACUGAUUCAAGUCUUUCACCCUUCAUGCUAUGGUCUGGUGAGCAACUUGCAAUCAGUGAGAUUAUGAUCGUGCGAGAUACCAAGGAAGACGGAGGACAAGUUCGUUGCAUGGGGUUUGCGACGUUCUGUCAACGAUGGAAAGCAGAUGAGGAGUUCAGAGCUUGGUUUGCUCCAAUUGAAGAAGGGUUGGCUGUUCUUAGUACUAGCACAGAGAACGCCAAUUCGGAACGGUUGCAGUCCUUACAGCACCUGCUCGUUGAUCUGUUGGAGCAUCUGACUGAACACCGUUCGACCUCCGAUAUAUUUCGUUGUCUUGUGGCACCUAUUUGGUGUAGUUGUAAGCAAUGCAAAACGGGGCAAGAGAGCGCAAUGGGGGAAAGGAAGGAACGAGGGAGGUAUGCAUGGCUAACGAGGAAGUAAACUAG